CUGAGCUGUCACCCACUGUUGGUGUAAAGCCAUCGCCUCUCUCUCUCUCCUUCCCAUGUCCUUAAGACGCGAAAAUCUCUCCUUCUUGUCCUCCCGAACUCGUCUUCUUGAUUCGUUCUCUCUCUGGUUCUCUUUCGUUCUCUUCGAGAUAUCUCGGAAAGAUGCCGGCUUGGUGGAGGGGGUUCUCGAAAUCGAGAUCGAAAUCGAAGUCUACUUCGAGUCCAAGGAAGAAGGACAAGGCGCUGGCGGAGGUGGUGGAGGAGGAGGAGGGGUUUCGGAGGGAAAGCAAGAAGGAGAAGGCUAAUAGUUUCGAUGAGGUUCUUCUUUCAAGGAAGAGCAGAGAUCCAUCGCCUGUCGGUGGUGCCCGUGGUGGUGGGCCGGGGGUUGGGUUUGCCUUUGGGCAUCCGCUUCCCCGCCCAUCGUCCAACUCUUCCCCAUUGCCGACUUUGCCCCACGACCAUGGGGUGGGAACGGGGUCUGCUUCGGCGUCGGUGUCCAGUGCCAGCUCCUCCGGUUCUUCGGAGGAGACUGCGGAUCUGGGUUUCUAUAGAUACCCGGAACCAAUCAACAUACCGAGGUGCAGAAAUAUGACAACUGAUUCACAGAGGCAUCAUCACGGUACUGAAGACAGGCAUCUCUUCUCUUGCAGUCCAGUUUUGGAGCGUCCUAGACCUGCCGAACUCCCGGUUUCACCAAGAAAAGAGUUUCGAAUGCAUGGUUUUGAUGGUUCUUCUAAUGUAAAUGCUUAUACUCAUUUCCAAACUCCCACAGAGACUGUCUUCCAAACAAGAGCACCUAGCUCUCCCCCUGGCUCAAGAGGCCAUCCAUUUCCUACAUCCCCUCGACAUCCCAGAGCGUUCAACUUAUGCCCGGGGUCGCCAACUUAUAAACAGGAUGAUCUGAGGAGCCCACCUCAUCCAUUACCCCUUCCUCCAGGUUCUCCCAGCUCUUCUUCUACACGUUCUCUUCAGUCACAGUGGAAGAAGGGAAAGUUAUUGGGCAGGGGAACAUUUGGCCAUGUCUAUCUUGGAUUUAAUAGUGAGAGUGGGCAGAUGUGUGCAGUUAAGGAGGUCAAAGUUAUUUCUGAUGACUCAAAUUCAAAAGAAUGCCUCAAGCAACUAAGCCAGGAAAUAACUUUGCUUAGUCAGCUCUCACAUCCCAACAUUGUGCAGUACUAUGGCAGUGAACUGGCUGAUGACACACUUUCAGUUUAUCUUGAGUAUGUCUCUGGUGGUUCUAUUCAUAAAUUGCUUCAGGAGUAUGGCCCGUUCAGAGAACCAGUCAUUCGUAGUUAUGCUGGACAGAUUCUUUCUGGGCUUGCCUAUUUACAUGGGAGGAAUACUGUGCAUAGGGACAUUAAAGGGGCAAACAUACUUGUAGAUCCUAAUGGUGAAAUUAAGCUUGCUGAUUUUGGCAUGGCCAAACAUAUGUCAUCUUACACUUCAAUACGUUCUUUUAAAGGAAGUCCUUAUUGGAUGGCUCCUGAGGUUAUCAUGAAUGGCAAAGGAUACAAUCUCUCAGUGGAUAUAUGGAGCCUUGGAUGUACAAUUCUUGAGAUGGCGACUUCAAAACCUCCUUGGAGCCAGUAUGAAGGGGUAGCUGCAAUAUUUAAAAUUGGGAAUAGUAAAGAUAUACCAGAAAUCCCAGAGCACCUUUCUUCUGAUGCGAAAAGUUUUCUAAGGCGAUGUUUGCAGCGUGACCCAUCAGCUCGUCCUACAGCAGCCCAACUGAUGGAUCACCCUUUUGUUCGAGAUCAACCACUCAUAAAAGCUGCAAAGUUCAACAUGGUCAGGGACUUGUUGCCUUCUUCUUCUGAUGGAAACCAUAGUAAGAUCACAACGGAGUUAUCCUCCAAGAGAAGUUUUUCUCCUCUACAUGUUAGAGACCACGGAGUAAGACAUGUAACUGAAUUUCCCUCAGCAUUUCCUUCAGGAUAUAGAAAUCUAAGUGAUCCAGUCAGCAUGAGAAUGAAUAUGUCUUUGCCAGUUUCACCCUGUUCGAGUCCACUACGGCAAUUCAAACAGUAUAAUAGAAGUUGCUUACCUUCUCCUCCUCAUCCCGCCUUUUCAGCUGGAGCAAUCAACUAUAGUCCAAUCAACCAUGCGCUUUACCCAGUGAGACCAAGCGGUAACCUCACAGAUCCUUGGCCAGAUAUCUCUCAGCUGAAAUCUCCGUCGCCUUUCGACUCUCCAAGAAGACUAUAGGAGCAGGUAGUUUGUUAAAAAAAUAAUAAAAAGACUAAGUAGUGAAAAAAAAAAAAUCAUUCCAAUCAGGGUACUGCUGGUGGAAGAUCAGAGUAAACGUUGAAAGGUUCAUCCCAACAACUCUGUUGAAGAAUCUGGAGGGGUUAUAAAUGAGAUGGCCACAUAUGCAAGUGAUCUUGCUGGAAUGGUGCAGAGGUGGAUGCUUUUGUUGAUUUUGUUCAUAAAGUAUGUAGUACCCCAACAUGAUUAUUGCAAUUGUAAGAUCACAUCUCCACAUUCUGUACAGAGCAAAGGUUGUUUCAUAAGAUAUAAUGUUAUAAAUGUGCACUUUUUGUUUUUCUUGCAUUUACGACAUUACGGGUUGUUUUUUUCC